AUGUUGAACUAUAACCUUAGCAACAUAUGUGGGAGCUUUUAUACAGGAGGCAAGUUAGCAUUUAGUGACGAUGGAAAUUCUUUAUUUGUCCCAAUAAAUAAUAGAAUAAAUGUAUACGAUUUAAGUAGCAAUACAUGUAAUACAUUACUUUCAGAAAAUAGAAAUGAUUUAAGAAUUAUAGCUAUUCAUCCAAAUAUGGAUAUAUGUAUAAGUAUCGAUAAAUUUGGAUAUGGUUGCGUUAUUAAUUUAUUAAAAGAUAAAAUAAUAGCUAGAAUUUUAUUUAAAUCAAAAACUGGUAUAAUCACUUCUUUCAAUUAUAAUAAUAUUUUCACACCUCAAGAAGAACAAGAUUUUGUUAAUUUUUCUACUUUUACAAAUAGUGGAAAAUAUUUUCUUGUAGCCAUAGGUCGAAGAGUAAUAAUAUGGAAUACCCCAUGUAAACAUAAUAAAUAUAGAUUAGUAAAAUAUAACGAUUUAUGUUAUCAUUCUUUAAAUAUUAUAUCAAUAGAUAUAUCAAAUGAUGAUGAAUAUUUUUUAACUACUUCAUAUGAUUUAACUAUAAGGAUACAUACAAUUAGCAAAAAAAAAAAAAUACGUCCAACUGUUCUUAGUGGCAAUAAGAGUAUUAUUGUUGGAGCAUUUUUUUCAAAAAAUCGAGAUUUUAUUUUUAGCGUUAAUAAAUCGGGGCUCAUAAUAGUCUGGGCUUAUGAAGUUCCCAAGACAGAGGCUGAAGAAGUUAGGGGUGAAGAAAUUGUAAAUGAAGAAAUUGUAGAUGAAGAAAUUGUAGGUGAAAAAAUUGUAGGUGAAAAAAUUGUAGGUGAAGAAAUUGUGGGUAAAGAAAUUGUGGGUAAAGAAAUUGUAGAUGAAGAAAUUGUAAAUGAAGAAAUUGUAGAUGAAGAAAUUGUAAAUGAAGAAAUUGUAAAUGAAGAAAUUGUAAAUGAAGAAGUUAGGGGUGAAAUAGAAACUGAGGCAAAGAGAAGAAGAUAUGUAAAGGCAUAUGAAAAGAGGUGGUGCUAUAAAAAAAUAUAUUAUUGUAAUCAAGAUAAGAACGAAGAAGUUGUUAAAGCAUGUUUUAAUAAAUAUCGUGAUUUAUUAGUUAUUGGAUAUAGUAACGGGAAGUUUGCUAUUUAUAACACCCCUGAAAUGACGUCUCUGUAUAAUAUUAGAAUUAACACAAAUGUAAUUGAUGAUAUAGUAAUAAAUAAAGAUGGAGAUUGGAUCGCUUUAGCUGAAUCUACAAAUGGAACUAUAAUAGUGUGGGAAUGGCAAAGUGAAAGCUAUAUAUUAAAACAAUAUACUAGCAAUAAAAAUGUAAAAUGUGUAAAAUUUUCACCAAUUAUAAGUCAUUUAAAGAUAGGAAGUAAUAUAGUUAAUAAUUCAAUGUCAUAUCAUGAAUGUGAUAAUUUUACAAGUAAGUUUGUUAUAGCAACAGGAAAUGAAGAUGGAACGAUAAAAUUAUAUGACUAUUUAUCGUAUAUAAAUUUUGUAACAUUUACUGCACAUACAAAUAGUGUUACAGAUAUAUGCUUUUUACCACAAGGGAAUGCAUUUAUUUCAUGUUCUUUAGAUGGAACUUUAAGAGCAUUUGAUUUAUUACGAUAUCGAAAUUUUAAAGUAUAUACAGCAGAUUUAUUAGAGGAGGAUAAUAAUUUUUUUGCUAAAAAUAGCAAUAAUAAUAUGAACGAGUCAGGUAAAAUUGUUGCCAAAAAAAUUUCUAAAAAAAUUAAUGUACAGUUUUUGUGUGUGAAUGUGAAUGUAAGUGGAAAUAUAGUGGCUGCUGGGGGAAGAGGAAACGAAUACAUUGUAUAUAUAUGGAAUAUUCAAACUGGAAAAUGUAUAGAUAAAUUGUAUGGUCAUAAUUCUCCAAUUACAAAAAUAUGUUUUAGUACAAAUUUAAAAAAUGAAGGAGUUAUAGCUACCUGCUCAUGGGGUAAUAAUAUUCUUAUUUGGGAUUUAUAUUCGAGAAGAAAUAAAGGAAGUAAAUUUGAAGAAAUUAUGAACUCACAAAGUAUUUCAUAUAUGUGUUUUGACCCAAGAGGUAAUGAUAUAUUAGCAGUAUGUACGUUAGGGUGCAAAAUCAAUUUUUGGGAUAUAUCGGUGCAAGAAAUUGUCGGAACUAUAGAAGGUGCAAGAGAUAUAAAAAGAGGAAGAUUAUUAGGAGAAGAAUAUUCGGCUAUUCCUAAAAUGAAUAAUAAUAAAAAAAAAAGAAAUCGAAAAGAUGGAAAUUAUCCUUAUGUAGAUGAUUUAGAAGACCAAGGAACAAAUACGGUUGUAAACCAAAACUGUUAUUUUACAUGUAUUGAUUAUAUACAUAAUGGGAAUUAUUUAGCAGGUGUAGCCAAUACAAGUGUGAGUUUAUAUAUAUAUGAUACAAAUAUAUAUUUAUUAGUUAAAAUAAUAGAUUUAACAAAAAAUUAUUGUGUUGAUGGAAUAAAAAGAGAAAUAUCAUCACGAUAUUUAACAAGCGAAGGGAAACAUAUAUAUGAAUAUGAUAUAAGUGAUGAAGAAGGCGAUAUAUAUUUAGAUAAUUAUAAAAUAUUGAAUAGAAAAAAAAAAGAAAAUAUAUUGCCUGGUCAGGUAAAUGAAAAUUUUUUAAAUAAUAAAUUUAAAAAAUAUAAAUUAUUAUUAAAUUAUAUUAACAUAUCAGGCGAUGAUAGACAUAUAGCAGUUGCAAGUAGUAUCGGAUUAUACAUUCUAACAAAAGAUCAUCAAUAUUAUUAUGUACCGAAUUCAAAAAAUUUAUAUAAAGGUUUAUUAGUUCCUAUAAAUUAUGAUCCAAAAUUUUUAACACAAAAUGUUAAUGUAAAAAAUUUUAAACUUUCUUUAAAAAAAAAAGAAUAUAUUAAAGCAUUUAUUCUUUCAUUAGCUUUAAAUAAUUAUGAACAUAUUUUAGAGGUAUAUGAAAAUGUCCCAUAUAAUUUAAUCCCUUUAUGCGUUAAAGUUUUAACAAAGCCAUUUAUAUAUAUAUUAAUAAAUUUUAUAAAAACAUUAUUAUUAAACGAUACAAUCAAACAUAUACAUUUACACUUAUAUUACCUUAAUUCAAUUUUUACAAUUCAUUUUAGCAUUUUUAUAAAUAGUGAUUUUAAUACAGUAGUUAAAAAUACUAGUGGAAUGAACAAAAAUGGACAAGAUGAUAAAAAUGCUCGAACUUCUAUUUCAACAAUUUCAGAUGAAUAUAGAAUAUCUCUUCUCUUUAUAUUAAAACAAAUUAUUACUUUAUAUAAUGGAUUACAAUAUUUAUACACUAAUAACAUUAACGUUUUAAAAUAUUUAAGUUUAGAUUAUGUACCAUAA